AUGUCUCUUAAAGACCUCAAGAUAAAGACUGGAGUUGUUAAACGGCUUUUCAAAGAAGAAAAAUCGUAUCAUAAAGAAGUUUCGGAACAAAAAAAACGUAUUGAAAAAAUCACAAUAGGAGGUGCUGAUAAAUAUGAUAUUGCUAAGCAGAAUGAAGUUUUAGACGAGUCACAGCAAAUGAUUCAUGAAGUUAAGAAUCGCCUUAGAGAAGCCCAUAAAGUAUUGCAGGAUUUAGUUAAUAAGCAAGAUCCAUCAUGGGUUGGAACUGAAGAAUUGAAGCAAGCAGAAGAUAUUUUGAAAGAAGUUGAAUCGGAACUUUAA